AUGGAUCUACAUAUCGCUACCCAUUCUGCAUUUUUCGAGCGGCACGGUUUAAUCACAUGGGAUACAAUCAUAUUCUGGAAGCAUCCUCUCCCCAGUGCUGCUUUGGCGAGAAUAGUCAAAGUCAUCAGUCGAGACCGACAAACUGUCACCGGCGGUAUCCGAAGAGUCGGGUCAUUCGGGAUUAGUGAUAUGGGUGUCAGAUUUAAGUUCGUGUUCAAUAUAACGGUGGAAGGGGAGGCAUCGCUUAUGAUAAAGGAGGAGGAAAUGGUCUCACCUGUGGAAGAAUUAACCAUGAGUUUCGCUUCGCACAAUUUGUCUGAAGCUUAA